AUGGAUUCUGCGUACGAGAUUUGGAACGGUCUUGUCCAAUGUUUUUCUCAUGGUGAUAAGUUUCACAUCGCUGAUUUCCAAGAAGAACUUCACUCUUGUAAACAAGGUGAUUCUAUUGUCUCUCAGUAUUAUACUCGUCUUCAAAUAAUUUGGAAAGAACUUUCUUUGUACAAGACCAUUAUUGUUUGCACCUGCACUUCUCCUUGUAAUUGUGGCUUAUUGACCAAGAUUCAACAAGAGCGCAACGAUCAUUUUGUCAUCAAGUUUCUUCGUGGAUUAAACGAUGAAUUUUUCCAAGUUCGUUCUCAGAUUAUGCUAAUGGAACCUAUGUCGACUCUCCCUAAAACUUUUCCUUUGGUCCUUCAACAAGAACGGGAAUUUCAUAAUUCCUCCUCACAAAUUCCACAAGAUUCCAUGGCUAGUUUCAAUUUCCAGGACCCUCAGAGCAAGACUUCUAAUCCUUCUCGUGGUGCGUUUCUUGGUGGUCGUGGCAGUAAAUUUGGUGGUCGUGCUAAAUACUGUGAUCACUGUAAAAGAACAAAUCACACCUCUGAAAAUUGUUGGAUCAAAUAUGGCCUUCCUCAAGGUUAUAAACCAACCAUCAAACAAAAGUUUGCUCCCUCCAAUCCCUCUGCCAAUCUUACUGAUGUUGUUUCACACACCUCCAAUGACUCCUCUGCUUAUACAACCCAAGUUUAA